UAUGACUGAUAAGGAUUUUUAAUCGAGCGCGCUAUUCAUAUAUUUAGUAUAUAACGUAUAGACAGGUUAAAGGUUCAAACCAUUUCAGUCAUUCCUUUCUAAUUAUUUGUCAGUGUCCGUGAUAAUUCCAACGCCACCAUGAAGCUAGUGUGCAGCAUUAUUCUUUUAUCUAUUUUGAGUUCUUCGCAGGCUGCAGAUAAAUUAAAAGUAUCCUUGUACUACGAAUCAUUAUGUCCAGGAUGUAGAUAUUUUAUCCAGCAUCAGUUGUAUUCUGUCUACACUCAAUUUGCGAACUACUUGGAAUUGGACAUGGUGCCAUUUGGAAAUGCUGAGUUUAGGAAAGUUGGAAACAAAUGGCAAUUCGACUGUCAGCAUGGCCCGAAGGAAUGUUACGGAAACAUUAUACAUGCAUGUUCUCUAAAUUCGAGCACUACAACAGCAGCUCUAGGAUUCAUAGCUUGCUGUGAAGGACAACAAGACAGCACGUCAGAUCAAACUUUCCAGAAGUGUGCCUCCAGAACGGGACUCAAUUUUAAAGACCUUAUUAACUGCAAAGAAACUAUAGGAGAUGAUCUUUUAGCAGCAAAUGGUGAGAAAUCCCAGAAAGUUGGUUAUGGCUGGGUUCCAUUUGUGACCUUCAAUGAUAAAUUUGAUGAAGCUAUCAGCAAUAGAGCGACGGAAGAUCUUAAGUCAGUUGUGUGUGAAUAUCUUGCAAAUAUUCCUUAUGCGUGCAAAAUGCCUACAAGCGCGAACGAAAUUAGUAAGGGAGUUAGUGUGUGUUUUGCUUGAAAGUUGUAUUUGACUUGUUCUCAAUAAAUUAUCUUGACUUUUUUGUUGGCGGUUGUUUAGUGCAUCAGGAAAAUGAUGGGGAGGAAAAAUUUUCAAAAAGCUUGACGAGGUGAGGAAUAUUCACUAAUCUAAAACUAGAGAUACUCGGAAUUCGGAAAGCAAUAGACCAGCGGAACACAUCACAAGCUAAAACAGAUGCAGCUAAAUAUAAAAGCCAAGCUCCACGAUGUAUUUGACCCGUCAUUUGGUAUUCAAAGCCGGACAUUGUCUUCUUUAGUGGCCAAGGUGGACUGAACAUUCUUUAAAUUGUCAUAGCUAUAAUAAUGAAGAAACUAUGUUAAAGACUAUGGUUCUUUGUUAAUCUAACAACAAAUUUCUGGCGGCUGUGGACGGUCUGAACCAGUUAACUAAAUAAGAUUGACGUACUUAGCUGACCGAUGUACUUUUGACAAUUUAUUUGGUUAAGUGGAAAUGACAGUUUCAAACCGUAUUAGAAUCAUUGCUAGAACACGCUGAAUACUGAGCUGUCAUAAGUAAAAACAACAAGUAAUCACAUAAUCAGCCUUAUAUCCCAAUCAUGUUUUGUAUUUGUUUUUAAAAAUAAAAUUGAUAAUAAAGUGAGUUUUUUAUAUAAAACUGAAACGAACAAGUCAUAGCUUUCUUUCUAAAAAAUAUUAGACAAUCUAAAACAACAUUUUCCUGUGCAGUAACAAGCCCAUCAAAAGCCGGUCAGGCCGAACACAUAAAAAUUUGGCCGGACAGGAUUAAAAAGCCAAAGCCCGACUGAUGCAGUGGCGUGCGAUUUGUUCCUCUGCUCUUUCCUUUUCGGGUCUCGAGUAUAGAAGAUGUUUUCUAACAGGUGGUACGCAAGUAAAAAGGACUCCUUCCGCCUUUGCGACCAUAAGCAACCAUAUACAACUUUACACUUUGUAUUACCCUGACUGACGAGUUGCUUAUGAUAAUGGCAGACAUUUAUUUUAUUCUUGGAACGGAAUGUCAUUUCAGAGAUAAAGGGGAAACGUAUGUGUUGCUUGCCAUCGACGCACACUGGUCUAUCUGUGCGAAAAGCUGACAAAAAUUUAAAAAACAUAGUAUUGAAAAAAGGAAAAUCAUUAUGUGUUAAACAAUCAGGUGGUCAUGGAAUCGGAGAUUUGCUUGCACUACCUUGACCAUGACAGACUAUUAAAC